AUGCCAGGAGAUGCCGAAUUCGGAAGCGGACUUCGAAGGACGAGUAGUCGACGUCAUAAAAAACGUCGAAAUAGGCGUCCAGCAGAAUAUGAUGAUUGGGACGAAAAAGAUAAGGAAUACUAUGAGGAUGUUACACUUGCUUUGCGACAGUGGAAAGUAGCACAAAUGCAAUGUCAGUUACAGCGCUUCAGAAUUGGCUUUUGGAAAUAUUUUAAGUUUAAAAUCUCGAAACAUCCGUUGUAUGCUGCUGAAAUGAAAGAUUACAAAGCAAGUUUGGAAGCAUUUAAAGCUAUAAAAAAAAACAAAACUCUUGAUUUUGAUUAUUGA